GGAAGGGACGCCAACGUCAAUAACAUCAGACCCAAGCAACAGUGUGUAGCGCAGCCAAUCACUGUUAUAAUCUUUUAAACAUUAGAAUACAACAAUGUCUUCGGAUUUUGAAGCGUACGAACAGGAUUUCGGCACCCUCACGGCUGAGAUAACCAACAAAAUUGGAAGAAUACCCAAAUUAGCCAGUGAGGAGAAGACACAGCUGGUUCUAAAUGUCGACAAACAGCUUGAAGAAGUCAGAGAGUUGCUGGAGCAAAUGGACCUGGAAGUUCGAGAGAUCCCUAUCCAGAGCAGAGGCAUGUACAACAGCCGUCUGAAGAGCUACAAGCAAGAAAUAGAAAAACUUGAGAAAGAUUUUAAAAGGUCACGUAUUGCCUACAGUGAUGAGGUGCGCAACGAGCUCCUGGGGGAAGAUGGGAGCUCCGCGGAGAGUCAGUUGAUAAAGUUACGUGAAGAGAGAUCACAUCUGUUGGAUAACACAGAGAGGCUGGAAAGGUCAUCUCGGAGGCUGGAAGCUGGCUACCAGAUAGCGGUGGAAACUGAGCAAGUGGGACAGGAGAUCCUCUCCAGCCUGCACAGCGACCGCGAGAAGAUCCAGAGGUCCCGAGAUCGGCUGAGAGAGACAGAUGCUAACCUGGGCAAGAGCUCUCGCAUCCUGACCGGCAUGCUGAGAAGGUAAGCGGAAGGAUCAUUCAGAAUCGUGUCCUGGUCUUCAUCCUGGGCGCCAUCAUCCUCCUCACCAUAGUCUUGGCCAUCUAUUUCAAUUUGCGAGGGCACUGAUCUCCACUGACUGGCCCUAUGCGUGUGUGCGUGAAUGUGUAUGAGCGUGUGUGUAAGAUUAAUAGUGACAAAAGCGUUGGGCUGGAGUAAUUAGGACAAAUUGUUCACAUGAAUCAUUCCUGGUGGGCAGUGACAGGGGGCCUCUCCUCUCUGCUCCAGGGCCAUUUCUACCCUCUAUCCCCUCGUAUUUUUACUUCAUCUAAUACAUUUAAAACCCUGGUAUUGGAUCUCCACAUGACUGACCAACCCAUAGAGAAGCCCUGCAUGGACACGUGGACAACAGGGCCAUGAUGGAAGGAUGACAACAACGGAUGGAUGAAUAUAAGGAAGGCGUACAUCAAUGCAUGUCAUAACCUACUGUUUUAAAUUAGUAGUUCACCCAAAAAAUGUAAUUCUGUCAUCAUUUACUCACCGUCAUGUUGUUUCAAACUAGUAUGUCUUUCUUCUGUCAAACGUAAAAUAAUUUUUGUUAUUAUGGGGACUAGAGUCCAAACAAAAAAAUAAAUACAAAUCAGACUACCUUUCAUUGUUUUUGAGACUUUUAUGGUGUUUUUGCCCCCGCUUAAGUAUACAUUCUUCCAGCACAUUAUUCAAAAUGUCUCCUUUUGACUUUCAUUGUAGAAAGACAGUCAUACAGGUUUAGGUGAGUAAAUGAUGACUUAAUUUCAUUUUUGGAUGAAUUAUUCUUUUAAUGUUUUUUUUUUUUAGAUAGGGUUUAGAGGUCAUCAGAUCUGAAAGCUGACUGACGUACUAUAGGAUACUAACAAAACCCCAUCCAUCAGGUGAGUGUUGUGUGUGAUGAGACGUACACAAGUCAAGGCCCCUGGUGCAGUACCAUUUAGCACACAGUGCAGAAUCACACACUACACACAGCCAAAAGGUCGCACGCCCGUCUCUCAGUCCCCCUUUAUCCAGGAUUAGUAGCUACUCCUGCUGUUCCUCUAAGGUCAGCAAAGAUCUCGCAUGUGUUUAGUUAAACCAGCAGGACAGGACUGCUUUGAACAAGAAAACAUCCUUGUCCACUCUUACCCUACUAAUCAAAUCUGACAACAUGAUAGUUACUGUGGUCAAUUGUACUAUUAAGAAUUGUGUUCUGUAUUUAUUCAUUUUGUUUCCAGAUGGUUGAUCUUUAUUGUAUUUUUUUAUUUUUUAUUUUUUUUUUUUUCAAUUUAUCUGGAACUUAUUUUAGCCAUUGGUUCAUGACAUUAAAAUAACUUCAUCUAUACUGUAUAAAUAAUCAUAGUGUGCUGCAAAUUUGUAUUAUUAUUCCUAAAGGAGGACCAGCUAGCAAACAUCAGUAUUGAAAUAUGCAAAAUUGAGUGUUUGCUCCAGGCUUUCACCUGCUGUUUGGGUAUUAGCGAGAAGAAAUCUGAGAAAUAUGACUAUGUACUAAUAGUACAGAUAAUUUUGGUGUGUGUGUGUGUGUGUGUGUGUGUGUGUGUGUGUGUGUGUGUGUGUGUGUGUGUGUGUGUGUGUGUGUGUGUGUGAGAGGAUGUCUGUGUCUAUGUGUGUAUUUCAGUUUAUGUAUGUGUGCUUCAUACACAGCAGCUUUGCUCCCAAACUUAGCUUUGUAGUCAACUGUUUUCUUAGGGGCUGUUCACACGGAAUGUGUUUUUGCGUCAGUCUGUGCUGUUUUUUUUUAUGUAAAUGUGCACUAGAUGGACGUCUCUGCCCAUUGUACCAUGUCUUGCUGUUCAGCGUCUUACACUUUAGCAAUGCAUUUUUUUGACGUUGUGUCAAAAUAAAACAACUUAAACUAUUAAAAACUCACCUCGAGACAUUUGCAUUCUGUUCC